AUGGGCGACCACGAAGCCUCCAAGCUCGACUACGAGAACCAUCUCCUCCUUGAGCAACCCUUCCUCCGCCUCCCCUUCGAACUCCUACGCAAGAACUUCCACGGCGCCCGAUAUGAAGUCGAACGCGAUGGCACUUGGAUCAAGAACACACUGAAAGACACAGCGACCUCGGCUGUCAACGGCCGCUCCUCGCAGGAAGAUGUUCUCAAGUCCCUCGACUCUAUGAUCUCGCGCAUGCGCGGCGUCAAGCGCAAACUGACGUCCUUUGCCGACGAAGAGGCCCGAUUGUACCGGCACGAGGCAGCUCGGGUGAGCCACCUCGGCGAGCUAUACGGCAUGCACAGUGUCGACGACGUCAAGUACGAGGCUUGGAGCCGGACGCGGCUGAAUCGGCUGCUGGUGGACUACUUGUUGAGGAGUGGGUUCAACGACAGCGCGAGGAUGUUGGCGCAGGAGCGAGGGAUAGAGGACCUCGUGGAUGUAGAGACGUUUGAGCAGAUGAGUCGCGUACGUGGGUCUCUGCUAAAAGGGAGCGUAGCGGAGGCGCUGGCUUGGUGCACGGCAGGAGACACGAAAAAGGAGUUACGGAAGAUGGACAGCAAUCUCGAGUUCAUGCUUCGGUAUCAACAAUACAUCGAGCUCGUCCGACCUUACACACCCGCAAAGCUCACCGAAGCCAUCAAGCAUGCACAGAGAUUCUUACAUCCUUACCGCGAGACCCACGGCAGGGAGGUUCAGCAAGCGUGUGGACUGUUGGCCGUCCCGCCAGACCGAGCGUAUAAAUAUCCAGCGUAUCGGGAGCUCUACUCUCCUAAACGCUGGGAGAUACUGGCCGAUAUUUUUACCACUACACACAACACGCUUCUCUCGCUUCCUUCGAUUCCUCUACUACAUAUGGCCCUCUCAUCCGGUCUUUCCGCCCUGAAGACACCAGCAUGCCAUUCCGCACAUCCAGCCUCGGCGGCAGCACCCAGUCACUCGACAAGUCUGGCUUUAGCGGCGACCGUGUGUCCAAUUUGCAGCACAGAACUCAACGAGCUGGCGCGCAACGUGCCAUAUGCCCAUCACAACCAGAGCCACGUCGAACAUGACCUGUUAUUAUUACCAACCGGACGGGCAUACGGCAAGGCGAGCCUUGACGCUUAUGCCAAGAAAUCGGGCUUGCAGGAAGGGCAGGUCAAGGACUUGAGGACGGGUGAUGUGUUUGAGCCCCAUGAGUUGAAGAAGGUGUUCAUCACCUGA